AUGGCCUACCCCUUUGGAGGUCAACGAGGCCCAGGAGGGACUCGUAACAACAACAACAACAUGGCGGGCAUAGGCAGCUCCAACCUGAAGCGCCGCAUGUCCCAGCCGAACCGGCUUGACAACGAGCUCCUCACCACCCCAUCCGAACUAUCAUUCAACUCGGCCACACCAUCCAUGGCUGCUGGCUCUGACGCCAGCUCUGUUCGCCGCAGACGGGCUCGCUUUACCGCCCGGCCUUUCAAGUUUCGACCCCCUACCAUUCGGUUCAGAUCCCGGCGUCCCAGCCAGAAUCUAAACAACUCACCUUAUAUGUCGCCUGGCCCGUACCACUCAGACGAUAACCAUAUUGAAUCCGAACCCGAGUUCCGAUGGAGCUCCUCCAAUCUCUCCAUCUCCACAGAUGCCACCAGUAUUCCGUCUGAUGACGCCACAACGAAAUCCACUCCGGGUCGCCAACUCGUGCGAGCCCGAUCUGUCCCCGGCCGAGUCACAGUAGGGCUUCGACAAAGGUCACAGCAGAACCGGCAACCUGGACGUGUUGGCCUGACACUCCCCGACGGGCGUGGCCGGACCUAUCACAUCUCGGUCGCCCCUGGUCCCCUCCAAGACAGUCCCACGCCUGUUCGUGCCAAGAUUGAGGCUCCCCCAGUUCAGGCGCCCGUAACACAAGUCCCUGUGCCUCAGGCCAAGGGAAAAGGCAAAGGUAAAGGCGGCCGCAACAAACGCAAGGGUGGCGGUGCUCAAGCGAGGCAAGUCGAGGCCUUGAAAGAGUCGGCCAAGACAUCCCAGGACACUCCAUCGUCCAUCGUGAGCAACGAAGAAGCCUCUGCAGCCAGAUCGAGGUCGACCUCUCGUCACAAGGGCGAGGAGAUCCUCCUCAAGCAGGUUGAAGAACUCAAAGAUGAGGUCAAGUCUCUGCAGGAUGGCCAGUCAUCUACCGCGAGAGAUUUGGAAAAUGCGCUUGAUAAAAUCUCCGUCAUCAGUGCUGAGAAGAAAGACGUGGAGCGCAGGCUUGCCGAGGCCUCUGUUCCCUCUUCUGUCGUGCGCGGUUUCGAACACCAGUACCAGAUGGUGGAUGACGCUCAGAGCUCCCUCACCACCCACAGCAAGCACUCCAGGUCCGCAUCCAAAGGCCUCCAGGAAGUGCAGGGCUUGCAGCAAGACAAGGCAGAUCUCCAGGCCAAGGUCUCUGAACUGGAAAAAGACCUGACGCUUUACAAGGACUUCAAAGUCUGCCUCGAGGCAAAGUGUGAUGAACUGCAGGACGAGAUUAAGCAGCAGGAAGAGCGCUUCAAGACAGACUCGGAGAAAUUUCGCAGCGAUGUCGAAGAUGUUGAAGAUCUUCGCAAAACACAAGAUGCGGCACACAUUGCUCGUAUUGUUAGUCUCGAGCUCUCAAAGGAGAGCCUGCAAGCCAAGGCACAGGCUCUGGAGGCGGAGAUCGCUAGGAAGGACUUUGAGUACGGCGAGUUCACGACUGAGCGCGACCAGCUCAGCAAGGACAAGGACGCGUGGGUCGAAGAGAAGAAAGACCUCGAGUCUCGUGUCGAGGUCCUGGAGAGCGAGAAGAGUAAACUCGAAGAGCAGACUAAGGCACUCGAGGAAACAAUCAAGGGUCUCGAGACGGAACGGGAUAGCAUUCAGGCCCAUGUCGUCGAGCUUGAAAACACCAACGGAGAGCUCCAGUCCAAAGUUGGCGGCCUCGAAGACGACAAGAGCACCAUUGUCAGCAAGAGCGAGAAGCUCAAGACAAAAGUCGACCGCCUGAAAGGUGAAAACGGCAACCUGCGGACGCAGGUCUCGAGCCUUCUCAAGGAUCAAGAUGACCAUACUUCGCAAGUCUUGACGCUCUCGGCAGAGCGCGACGGCCUCAAGGAAGAGAAUAUUACGCUCAAGGCCAUGUCCGAGGCCGGCAGCGUCUUGGGAAGCGUCGUCGGGAGUCGCGUCGGACGCUGGGUCGCCAGCGAUAUGGGUAGUCAGGCGCCGAGUGAAGGUGGGAGUGUCGCUUCCAAAGCGACAAGCAAGGCGCCCAGCGAGGUCGGCAGCACCGUCUCAAAGGCAAGCAAGGCAUCAAGCGCGGUCUCCAAGAAGAGCAGCAACGCUGGCACCAAGGCUCCCAGCCAACCUGACGAGAAGACGAGCGAGGUUAGCGCAACGCCGGCGUCAGGCGACAGCUGUACCCCCGACAUUAUCGAGGUCACCGAGUCGGAGGCUGGCGAACCAGCAGCCGAGCCCGAGGCAGCCGUCGAGGAAGCGCCAUCCGCCGAAACCACUGCCGAUCCCGAACAAGCAGCCUUGCUUGCCACUCUGCAGACGCAGAAAACCGAGCUUGAGACGCGCAACGCGACACUCCAAGAAGAAGCGAGCAAGGUCGAGACCCUGACAACCGAGCGGGACGACCUCGCCUUGCGUCUUGCGACCGCGGAGCAAGACGCCGCACAAGUGCCGGCGCUACGUGAGGAAAACGGAGGGCUGGCGACGCAGCUCGCAGAAACCAACGCUGCACUUGAGAGCGCAAUGGCUGCCCACGCCGCUGCCAACGGGGAGGUUGACGGGCUCAAGGCCGAGGUGGCAAGCCUACGCAGUAGACUCUCGAGUCCGUCGCGGCGGAGCGGUAGUACACGGACCUCUAGAAAGGACGGCGACAAGGCCAAACAGCUGGUUGUUGUGCGAGACCCGAACGACCGGGGACAGAUACAAGUCAUCCGUCGAUGCGAUCUGCGCCUGCACUCUCGUUCAGCUUCGCUGUCUGAGGGCUCGGGCGCCGAUUGA